CAUAAACUAAAAUCAUUGGAAAAGUGAGAGAAUUUUGUUUGGGACUGCAUAUAUUUUUUUUUAGUGAAUAUCUUUACAUAUUUUAUACAAUUUAUCUGCCACGUCGGACGCAUCCUUUCAGUCCCACUUGCUCACAAGCUUAAAAGCAAGCAAAAAAGUGGAAAUGUUGAAGGACAUUGAAGAAGAAACUUAUAAUCGAAUCUAGAGCAAUUUCGGAAACUUUCAUUAGUAAGGGUGUCAUUCAUCUUCUAGGGUUCUUGGUUAUGCAGCUCCUCUGCAUUUGCUUUCCUCGCCAACAUUCCUCCUGAAGCAAAUGUAGCUUUUAAUCGCGGAACUAGGGUUUUUGUUUUGGUGGCUCCUCGAUUUUGUUCCUCUUUUUUCUCGCUGAUUUAUCGGAAUUCCUGGGCUGGGAAGACAAAAUCGACUCGGUUUACACUGAGAUGAAGAAGAUCUUCGGAGGUCCAGGAACUGUGUGUGGCCUGUUACUGAGAAUCGGACAAUGUGCUUCAGCUGCCGCAUCCAUCGGCGUUAUGGUCUCUUCGACGGAGUUCUCUUCUCGCACUGCUUUUUGCUACUUGAUUGCUUCAAUGGGACUUCAAUUGCUGUGGAGCUUUGGGCUCGCAUGUCUUGAUGUUUAUGCUCUGAGGAGCAAGAAAGAUCUCCAAAACCCGAUUUUAAUUAGCUUAUUCGUCGUUGGCGACUGGGUGACUGCAAUGUUAUCUCUUGCAGCUGCAUGUUCAUCGGCAGGAGUUGUAGUCUUAUAUGCCAAAGAUCUCAAGUAUUGCUAUAUCCGAGACCAGUUCUCAUGUCCUAGGUAUGAAGUAGCUGUAGCGCUUUCUUUCGUCACUUGGGUUCAAAUCGCCGUUUCUUCUCAUGUCACAUUUUGGAUCUUAGCCUCGGUUUAGUUCGGUAAACCUUUUUUUUUUCUUGGAAUGUUGACAACAACAACUUGUAGCUUUUGAUGACAACAUUUUGCUUCAGAUCAAUCCAUCAAUGUUUCUUGAAAAC